AAAUGACAAUUGAUAAACAGUAAUUUACAAAGUAGUUUGAAAGUUGAAACUCAAAAAGUGUUUAAAAUUUAAACUGAAAGCGUGUAUUUCUUUAUUCUUUAAAGUUAUAUUUUUUCCUGUCCGACGUAGACAUAUCGCAAGAACGAUUAAGAAAUUCAACAAUUUGUUUAUAAAAUGUAAACAUUAAUCGCCAACCCGUAAAUAAAAUAUUUACUUGUACAACAUUUAAGGACGUGUGUUAUUGACUCGCAGCAAUAUGUAUCAUGUUUUAGUAUUAUGCCUUUUUAUUAAAUGCAUUACUUGUAAUCCUCAAGUUGGACCAGAUCCAUGGGAUGACGUUAAUGUAAAUAAGAAUAUCUUAGAGGAAGACGACUUACCACCAGAUUUAAAAAUACCUAAACAGAUAGCAAAAAUUAAACCUGAACCUAACAAAUGUAUGAGUGAUUGGUUUUAUAAACGAUUACUAGCAAUCAUUUUAAAAGGUGGACAGAGAAAGGAAAAUGAAGAUGAUACAAUAGAUGUAUCUCUACAAAUGAAAUUCAGUCUAGAGCAAUUUAAUAGCCUUGAUGAAUACAUUUUAUCUAACAAUGCUCUUUCUGAAAAUAUGUUAAGGAGAUCCAUAGGACAUAUAGAAGAAUCCAUAUAUAAACCGACAAUUACUGAAAGAAUAACCAUGGCUUGGAGUGAAUAUGUCUAUACAUAUAUUAUAGAAUAUAAGGAAUACAUAACAUGGAGCCUUACAAUAGCUGCAAUGGUUGCUGCUACAUGUUGGUUAUGGCAAUAUGUGUCAUACAAGCACAUGUUAAUAUUUUUGGGAGUAGCACUAUAUUUAUAUGAAGUCUUUGUUUCAUAUAAAGAAGCUGAGAAGAAAGAAGUCAACCGAUUUAUAUCAGGCCUUAACUCAUGCAAGUGGCAAUUUUGGACAUCAGAAUGUGUAGUGUCUCCACCAGACCCAAUAAUCAUGUUAAAACAUAUGAACCCUUUGAAGAUAGCUGCAAGGAUGUUCACAACUAUUAUAUCAGAGCCUAUGAUCACAAUCAGUGAUACUGUUAAUACUAUAGUUUUAAGUAUUACAGAUGAUCUAAUGUGGCCAGUGAACACGAUUGUACAUGUAAUUUUAGUAAUUGCAUUCGUUGGUAUGCUCUUAAUGUUACUUGUUGGCAUUGUAUUCAACUACAUACUAAAUACUCCAUUUCAAUUAAAUUUAUUCUACAUACUAAGUAUUGCCUUCAAACAGCGAAACGGAAAUGAACCUCCGAAGCAGACAGAACAGAUUCAAGGGGAUCGAAUCACAAAUGAAACCUUAAAUCGAUUUUUAGAUUUGUGCUCUCAAGCAUUGACUGUUAGUCAAAAUAAUAAAAAUUUGGCCAUUACUAAUUCUAGUCAAAGUCGAGGAGGUCAAGGUAUGAAAAGAUCAGCCAGCACAGGAAGGCUUCCUAGCAUUAAGUCUAACUUGAAUGAAGAUUUGAUCAAAAGAAAACAUGGUGGGAGUGGGGACUCAUAAUAAAAUUAACAUUGUUAACAAACGCCACUAUUUAGUUUUUAGUCUACGCCUGAGUAUUGUCAAGAAUAAAAAUUUUCUGAGAUUUAAAUCAAAGAUGUUUUUAAGAAAGGGUUUACGCGAUGUCGAGUUUUUUGUAUAUUUUAGAAUAAAAACCUACAGACUCGAUCGGAGUAUAAUAUAACUAAAACUACUUUCUUUAAACACGAUUCCAGUAAAUAUACUAAAUUUAUUUUUAAUGAAAUUUAUAAAAUGGCUUUACCGAUAAGAAUAAGACAGCCAGUAAAUCAAUUCUCACACAGAUUUUAAAACAUGAGGCUUAUUCAUUGUAUUAUAUAUUAAUGAAUUGCAUAUUUGCGUUAGAUGACUAUUUAGACUAAGCUCGGAGUUGUAUCAAUAUUUAUUUUUUAAUUACGUUUAUCUAGUCACGGUUUUAUAAAAGCAUUGUUUAAUCUAUACAUACUCGGGCAAGAAACAAAUCUCGACAGGAACGCACACUUUACAGCUGAAUGUGUUGCCAUAAAAAUCAUAUAGGUAGGUCAAUCAAAAGUAUGAUUUUGUUUUUCUUUUUUAAGUAUAUAUAUUUAUGUAACUGUGAUAAAAAUGGUGUAUCUAAUGCAUAAUUAAUAACAAUAUUUUAAU